UAGCAAAUAGGCAAAGCAAGUGAAAAUAAGCAAUGCCUAACUCAAUUUUAAGUUCGGUAGUCGAAGUUGACUUUACUGAACCAGUACUGAAUUAAGUGUUGAAGAAGGUGAAGUUAUAUGCCAACUAGCGCCAGCUGCUUUUAGGGACUGUGUAGAAUGUCUCUUUUUUCUAAAGACUUUUCUCUCUUUUUAAUUUCUUAUCUCAGGUUAGGAUUCAUAGUUUCCUGGAUAAAACUAAGGAUUACCUAAAGAAGAAUACAAUAAUCAAUUCUCAAGAUGGUCUGGAAAAGGACAAGGAGAUGGUCAGGAAACGUGUGAAAAGCGUGAAAAGCUUAAUCAAAAGGAAAAGACUCACUGAAGUGCAAAAGCUAGUGAAAAAUGAUGAAACUAAACCUUGGGGUAGAGAUACACAAGCUAAGCUCGGGAGCCGUCCGAUUGAACUGUUGAUUGACACAGCUUUUGUACAACCUCCAGUUAAUCAGUCAGCAGAUACUCCACCUGAUGUUCGACCUGCAUUUAGGCACAAAUUGAAAACCUUGGGGAAGAAUACUGGGCAGGGAAUGGCAAAGAAGUAUGGAGUUAUAGAAUGUGAUCCCCUUAUUCUUACUGGGCUUGAUAGAUCUGUGAGCUAAGCAUAUGUUGAUUCCUUAUGUGCCGAUGCUGGUGCCUCCUAAGAAAUGGAGAGGGUAU